AUGGUUCUGAAAUUUGCAUUUCACAUAAUCACGAUGAUGACAUUAUGGCCCAUACAUCUACAGGCAUCUGCGCAGGAUUCAAAGAUAACAAAAGAUGGGUGUGACCCCACAUGUGGAGGUGUUGAAAUCCCUUUUCCGUUUGGAAUGAAGGAUCCCUCCUGCUACGCAGACACGGGGUUUGAAAUAGAAUGCAGAAAUACCAGUUCAAGAAAUGAAACACCUUACCUCAAGUCCAUAGAUCUGGAGGUGACAGCCAUUGAUGUCUCUAAGAACCAGGUUACGAUAAAGAAUCCAAUUUACCGUAGGAAUUGCGGAAUAAAAGAUGUUUCGCCAGUCAAAAACCUGGGAGGAAGCCCUUUCGUGUAUUCCCAGGAUUACAACAAAUUUAUGGCCGUAGGUUGCAAUAGCAGUGCUAUUUUGCAUUCAGAUGGGUCAGAAGCCAGUGGUUGUGUGACAAUCUGUGACAACAACAAAGACGAUGUCUAUGACAUCGACCUUAUAACCACUGAAUGCCACGGCAUGUACUGUUGCAAGAGUACCCUGCCCUCUCAUCUCUCACAAUUUAACGCAACAAUUGAAGGUUUGGGUGGAAAUAAUGAGUGCGGUUACGCCUUUAUUUAUAGCGGUGACAAUAUUGAGAGGGGGCUGAAGCAUUUAAACGAAGUUUCUGCGGUUCUUGAGUGGGAGAUUCUGUACACUUCUCCCUUCAUAAUCGCUCCAUAUGUACGCUUUAACGCUGACUGUAUUUACACAAAUAUAACCUCUGCGGAGAACACAUACUCAGGUAUGAGAUGCAGUUGCAAAUAUGGCUUUCAUGGCAAUCCCUACCUUGAUGGAGGCUGUAAAGGACUUUUUUCAAGUCUCGGAUUCAUUGUUUUACUCCUUGGUCUGUGGUGGCUAUAUAAAGUUGUGAAGAGAAAAAUAUUAAAGAAACAGAAAGAAAAGUUCUUCGAACAGAAUGGAGGAUUAUUGUUACAACAAAUAUUAUCUUCCGGUGAAGUUAAUGCUGACAAAGUUAAACUUUUCAGCUUAAAGGACUUAGAGAAGGCCACUGACCAGUUUAGCAUGAAUAGAGUACUUGGCAAAGGAGGCCAAGGUACUGUUUACAAGGGCAUGCUAAUAGAUGGAAAAAUUGUUGCAGUGAAGAAGUUCAAGGUCCAAGGAAAAGUUGAACAAUUCAUCAACGAAUUUGUCAUUCUUUCACAAAUUAACCAUAGAAAUGUGGUUAAGUUGUUAGGAUGUUGUUUGGAAACUGAAAUUCCUCUGCUUGUUUAUGAAUUCAUUCCAAAUGGUAACCUUUUUGAAUACUUACAUGAUCAACAAAAUGAGCCAAUAACAUGGGAUACCCGUUUAAAAAUUGCCAUUGAAGUUGCCGGAGCUCUAUUUUACUUGCACUCAGCUGCUUCUCAACCCAUUUAUCAUAGAGACAUAAAAUCAACAAAUAUACUAUUGGAUGAAAGGUACAAAGCAAAAGUUGCUGACUUUGGUACAUCAAGAAUGGUUUCCAUUGAAGCUACCCACCUCACUACAGCAGUUCAAGGUACUUUUGGGUAUCUAGAUCCUGAAUAUUUUCAUACUAGUCAAUUUACAGAUAAAAGUGAUGUUUAUAGCUUUGGAGUAGUUCUUGUUGAACUUUUAACAAGACAAAAACCAAUAUCCUCCUUGGGAUCUGAGGAAGCAAGAAGUUUGGCUUCAUAUUUCACUCUUUGUGUAGAGGAAAAUCGUUUGUUUGAUAUUAUUGAUGAACGAGUUAGGAAGGAAGGGGAAAAAGAACAUAUCAAUAUAGUUGCCAAUCUUGCUAGUAGAUGCUUAGAGUUGAAUGGGAGAAAACGACCAACAAUGAAAGAAGUCAUACUGGAAAUAGAAGGUAUUCGAAAUUUAGAAAAGAUGUCUAGUGCACAAGAAAAUCAUGAAGAAUACGAGUUUGGUGAAAUUGAAAACUCCCAAUCACGGAUUGCAUCUUCUCCUACCUCAAAUACAGGAUCAACUCUAGAAUGCCAAACAUCAACCUCAGAGGUUAUGCCUAUUCUUAUCGAAUGA